AGUAGGAAGUUAAAAAGGAUGUAGGGAGUGCUUGAAAUACUCAGGGUGAGAAAGCAGAAACCCAGAAGGAAAGGGAGAGAAAGGAUGGAUAUUGAUAAACCAACAACAGUGAUAUGCAAAGUGCUAGCAAUGGAUCAAUCCAGCUUUUGUUACAAAGCCUGCUCUAAUUGUGAAACGCCAAUGCCUGACAGCCCUUCCCAUACGUUUUGCAACACCUGCAAAGGUCACCGCUACCCCUUCAAACGUCUCUUUCGCCUUCUUUUCUCAAUAGCAACAGACACAAAGGUUUUAAACGUGGUGUGCUUUGAUAGGGCUGCUAAGGUUAUCUUUGGUUGUUCUGCUCAGCAAUUCUUUGACUUUGCGACCCUUCACCCUUAUGCUGGUAUCUGUCUUGCUUUUAGCAAUGUUUAUGUGAAUUUGCAAUGUAGACCAUAAGCCCAUGAUUGCUUACAACUGAUAGUUUUAUGGUUUCAUUCAUUCUCCCCAUAUUUUCUUGGUAAUCAAUUUUAUGUGCAAAGGAACUAUUUUGAUUGGAAGAUGGCUAGGUGAUUCUUCAAGUGAGCAAGCUUAAACCUUUAAGACUUCCUAGUUUAUGAGUGAUUUUGUUCUGGCUCGUAAAGAACCAAGUUUAUGGUAAAGGAGUACGUUUCAGAA